CUCACUGUCUGGGCCAUCAGCCCAAUAUUUAUAUUUUUUGAAGUAGACUUAUAUAUAAACACAUAUUUACAAAGAUGUAUGCAUAUUUAUAUAUUACUAUUACUAUAUUUAAUAUAAACGAAAACUAGCUCUUAAAAGUCUUCCCACCAAAAAAGCAAAAGCCAUCGCCUUGUUUCUCCAUUAGAUUCUCAUUCUACUGUAUCGUCCCAAAACCGACACCAAAAUUCCAGUUCCAUAGAGCUUAAAUUUCUGUUUAAUAAUCAGAAAUGGAGGUUAACGAGUUUGAACUCUAUCACGAUUCUGUCAUUUGAAGUGCUGUUUCAGCAGUGCUCUCAGCUAGUUCCACCUGUAAUUGCAGUUCCUGAGUUUUGUGCCAGUUCAUAGCUUACAAUAAAGCAGCUUUCUUGCUUUUGUAUCGGUUACAUAAUAGCAACCUUUUCGCUACAGAAAUUCCUGGUGGUUCGCUUGAGCAGUUUGGAACUUCUUUCUUGCGUUUAUUUCUCGAUUGAUAUUUGUCUUGCAAAUCAACCAGUUACGAGAUCAUGGAGAUUUCUGGCAGAAAAUUCUGUGUUCUUUCUUCCCAUUGAUUUUCUCCUUCUAUAAUCCUUGUACCAACCCAUAAAAGUUGAAGAAAUGUUGGAUUUAGUUAAACCAAUGGAGCCACCAAUGAAACGAAGAGCUGGUCUAUGGAUUGUACAGGCAGGACGAGGUUCAUAUCGCGGAAGUUAGUGAUUGUUUUGAUCUAACUGGUUGGCUGAUUUUUGUUGCAACGUAUCUUUAAUUUUGUUCGUAACAUAUUAAUCCAUGGGGAGUAGAUUCUUGCGGCCAUUCCUCCAAACUCUUUGCUGCAAUUCUCCUUGGAAUUAUGCAGUGUUCUGGAAGCUUAAGCAUCAAGAUGAUAUGAUUUUGGCAUGGGAAGAUGGCUUUUGUGACAUUUCAAAGCCAAGAGAUGCCAUGGUGAGCCCGGUAGAAGAUUUGUACUUCAAAAGCUCAAAUAUGAUUUUGUCAUCGUCUCUAACACCAAGUCUGCUUGAUGGAACUCCUGGCGACCAUCUAGUUGGAUAUGCAGUUGCUGAAAUGUCGCGUUCUUCUCAUGUAGUGGGGAAAGGGGUGGUCGGGGAAGCAGCUUUCAAGGGAAAUGCUCGCUGGAUAUAUGCAGACAGCAUACAAACUGAUGUUUUGAAUUCCAUUUUAGUUGCUAAGUAUCCAGAUGAAUGGCUGCUUCAAUUUGCGGCUGGCAUAAAGACAAUAUUGCUUCUGCCUGUAAUUCCUGAUGGAGUUCUACAGCUUGGAUCAUUGGAAAUGGUGGCUGAAGAUGCAGCAGUAGUUGUUUAUCUCAAAAAUAAGUUUGAUACUCAUAAAGAAAGUGAUGGAUAUGUCUCCCUAAUGUCUACUUUCAUGGAUUAUUUAGAGGAGCCAUCAACUGUUACCACAGAAAAAGUAACUGAGGAUCAAAAUUACAUUCAUGCUGUAGAAGAUCUUUACUCAAUUGCAAAUCAGAUGGUGCCGGUGUUCAAGUUCCAAGAUUUAUACAACUCAUCUGAGAGGCAUGUAGAAGAUAACCAUGAGAAUGUGGCCGAAAGAGAAAUGAAUCAGCAAUGGAUGGGUAUGAUUCAUGUACCUGAACCAUGUCAAUUAUCAUAUGCAGAUUAUGAAGACGAAAUCUCGAGAUUUAUUCAUGAAGAAAGACUUAGGGUAUCACCUCAUUGUUAUGAGUUGAAUAGGAGGAUGUGUGGGGAUUUCGUGAAUGAAUUAAUGGAUUAUAACUUUGAAGAAGGUGGAACUGAACCAACAUCUGUAGGUAAUGACUUUGACAAUGCCAUUUGUGAGAGUGGAAGCAACCUUUUCAACUUCCCCGAGGCCUUUGGACUGGGCAAAGCUCUUGGGGAAGUUGUACCGGAUAAACCUCACGAACUUAUUUAUGGAGAAUCUAUCUUGGGUCAAGAUGUUGCUUGCCACUCCAUUGGUGACAGGGUGCCUUCUGGCACCGUGGAUGUGUCAGGAGUGGAGUCUGUUGGAUUUCCUGUGAAACAAGUGGAAGUGGAGCACCUCUCCGAAACUGUUGUUGCUAAUACAAGCAACAGUUUUGAUGAUAAUUCAUCUGACAUGUCCAAUAUUACCUCAAUUAAUAUGCCAUCUCGUGGUUUUUCCAAAGCUCGUGGUCAAUCCAAACACAGUGCUUCAGUGAGACUAGAUACCACAUCUAAUUUCUCUGCUUCAGUAUCUUCAGUAGAAAGCAAGAUUAGUUCACUGUCUGAUAAGCAGCAACCAAGAAAGGGACAUGAUCCCAUGAACCAAAGAAAAUUAUCAAGAUUAUUAACUACCAGCAAGAAAAGGGCACGCAGUGGUGAUAAUCAAAGGCCUCGACCACGGGAUAGGCAGUUGAUUCAAGACCGGAUCAAGGAGCUAAGGGAGCUCGUACCAAACAGUGAAAAGUGUAGCAUCGACGGACUCCUGGACAAAACCAUAAAGCACAUGCUCUUUUUAAGAAAUGUGACCAAUCGGGCUGAUAAGUUGAGGCACCCAAUUCUGGAAGAGGAAGUUGAUGAAAAUACAACAAAACAAGCUGAAGUCAAGUGUAGCCAUCAAGAUGGGACAAGCUGGGCUGUAGAACUAGGAAGCGAGCAACAUUUUUGCCCUAUAAUUGUGAAAGAUCUGGAUCAUCCUAGACACAUGCUUAUACAGAUGGUCUGCAUUGAUCAUGAUCGCUUUCUAGAGAUUGCUGAUGUGAUUCAUCGUCUGAAAUUAACCAUCCUCAAAGGUGUGAUGGAGAAAACCACUGAUAAUUCAUCAUGGGCCCACUUCAUUGUUGAGACCUCAGGAAGCUUCCAUCGGCUGGAUAUAUUUUGGCCGUUGAUGCAACUCCAAAAAGAUCGAGCGCCUAUCUCAACCAGCAUCUAAGCUUCGUUGGAUUGUCUUGUCUUUGUAUAUAAUGCGAGGUGCGCGGAAUCAGUGCAAUUUGGUUUGAGCUAUAAUAUAACUGCUUGGAAGGUUUUGGGGAACUAGUUGCAUAUGUAUAUUAGCUCAAUAGAGAUUUGCAGAAUUGAUUUUUAUCUUUGAACUCUCCUCUGUUGAUUGAUUAUUAGUACUGUUUGUUUUAAUUUCAAAAAAUGAACUUGCAUAAA